AUGCAAACACACAUCGCCUGCAUCAUAGUGAAUACAAUACAACUAGCGUGCAACACAAAUAUCGAUGCAGGACAGCGAUGCUACCUAUGUGUCGCCAACAAUUCGACGUCCUGCGACCAAGCGAGUGCCGUGACCACGGUCGAGUGCCCGGGGAGUUGUGCCACAGUCGCUGACGCACCUAAUUUCACGUCGUCUCUGCAGUGCGCCGCUCCGGCGGAGGGGGCGCCGGCUCCGUGCUCGCUAAACUAUUCACGAGCGCUCCAGCUAACCUGCCGCUGCACCGGACACCUCUGCAACGCCCCCUUCUCGCGACAACUAACAAACGACCUACUAAACUUCUCUUCCACGUUCCCCAACAAAACUGCUGACCUCACACAAACUUUCUUUAAAAUUUACUCGUCUACUAACUUUACCGGCGAACUUUAUAAAGCGAUAACGGUUGCUCAGCUAACAACUACUAAUGCGCCUUUGAAUAUUACUACGGUCGGUACUACUAGUGCUAGGACGACCAUAGAACCUAAUAAGAUGAGUGAGAUAGCUCCUCGAGCUGAACCGCUAAAGCAAGAUGCUACAGCACCUUCUGAUGAUGAUGAGGAUGAAAGUGAAGGUAGUGGUGCCUAUGAAGACACUCGCCUCCACAGAAACCCGGCGUCCGCACCCGCCGCUCCCAGCUCCUUCCUCCCAGCUGAUGAAAACAAAUCACCGCCACUUUACACACAUUUAUUCUUAACAACACCAUUUCUCAUGUUAUUAACAUUGUAGAGUUUGAGCGAGAUAGACUAAUUAGAAUACCUAACUAAAAUGUAAGUACAAUAUAAUACGAAAUUAAUUCAUUAAGUACCCAGAGAAUUUAAACUAAUGAUAGUGUUUACCUGUCGGGAACAAAUACGAACUUUUUGUAAUUCUAUUUAACUUAGGAACCAUUUAGU